AUGUAUGAUACUCAGACCGUUAAUACAAUUCAUGGAUGUAUGAUACUCAGACCGUUAACACAAUUCAUGGAUGUGUGUUACUCAGACCGUUAUCGCAAUUCAUGGAUGUAUAAUGCUGAGAGCGUUAAUUACAAUUCAUGGAUGUAUGAUUUUCAGACCGUUAAUACAAUUCAUGGAUGUAUGAUUCUCAGACCGUUAACACAAUUCAUGGAUGUAUGUUACUCAGACCGUUAUCGCAAUUCAUGGAUGUGUAAUGCUGAGAGCGUUAAUCACAAUUCAUGGAUGUAUGAUACUCAGACGUUAUCACAAUUCAUGGAUGUAUAA